AAAAACCUACAAACAACAGAAUCUUCUUCUUCUUCAUAUUCAUAUUCAUAUUCUUUCCAACAAACAAAUUAAAAAAAUUAAAAAAAUAUUUAAACACUUCUCUCUCACUCUACCAUUAUUUAUACAUUAGAUCUCCACAUUUUUACAUCUCUCUGAAAAUAAGCUCAACAAAAUAGUAUUAUUAUUUGUUUGAUUAAUUACUUGAAGUUUUUAUAUGGGUUCUUUACCGGAGCCGGAGCUGAGCUUGGAUUUCCGGCCAAGUUAUUUGCCUAAGACGAUCAUUGAUAUUUUAAAUGAGGUUUCUUUGAUCGGAAAUGAUUCUGACAAGGCUUCAAAGCUUGAUGCUUUUGUUCAUGGGUUGGAAGAUGAAUUGAAAAAGAUCGAUGCUUUUAAACGGGAGCUCCCUCUCUGCAUGCUUCUCUUGAAUGAUGCAAUUUUGUACUUGAAAUCAGAGGUUAACCAAUGUGCAGCAGCAAAUAAUACUCCAGUUUUGGAGGAGUUUAUUCCAUUGAAGAAAAAUUGUGAUGAUGAUGAUGAGCAAGAGGGUACAAUUAAGGUGGAAAAAGAUUGUAAAGACAAGAAGAAUUGGAUGAGUUCUGUUCAAUUGUGGAACACUAGUACUAAUAAUUCCUCUAGUGAUUGUGUCUCUGAGCCUAAACAGAAUCUGAAGCUGGAAUCUAAGACGGUUAAGAAAGCGAAUCAUCCUUAUGCGAGUGAUGAUGUAUAUCCGGCGUGUAAAAGUAGGAGCGCGGCAAGAGGAUCUAUGCCUUUUAUUAAAAACUACUCUGGUUUGUCAAGGAAGGAGGAUGUUAGUAACAAUAAUAGCGAGGAAGUGCCGGUUCCUGGUCUUUCGCUUUUAACUCCUGGAAUCAACAACUUGAGAGAAGAAUCUGGAUCAAGAGGCGGCUUUAGAAGAGCGGUUUCCUCUUUGUCCCCUAUUCCUCAAUCGAGUUUAAGCAAUGGACUACAAUUACCUCAUCAACAAACUUCUAGGAAGCAGAGAAGAUGCUGGUCGCCAGAGUUACAUCGCCGAUUUGUCAAUGCUCUACAGCAACUGGGAGGAUCUCAAGUUGCUACUCCAAAGCAAAUUCGAGAACUCAUGCAAGUUGAUGGCUUGACGAAUGAUGAAGUGAAGAGUCAUCUGCAAAAAUACAGGCUUCAUUCACGAAGACUACCGUCCGGUUCAGCUGCCCCCGCAGACCAAUCUGUAGUUGUUUUGGGGGGAGGGUUGUGGAUGUCCCAAGAUCAAUACAAUGAUGACCUAAAAGCUACCAGUUCCGAAUCCGGGUCUCCUCAAGGUCCCCUGCAGCUGGGAGGAAACUCCACGACGGGAGGUGAUAGUAUGGAAGAUGAUGAGGAUGCUAAAUCUGAAGGAUAUAGCUGGAAAAAUCACAUUCAUAGAUCAGCAAAAGUUGCUGUAUAGAGAGCGUAUCCACCAUGAAUUUUGCAGAUAAAAGUAUACAGGGGAAGAUUACAUUACUUCAAAAAAUAAUAAUACUAAAUUUUUUAUACAAAUACAGAAGGAUCUUUAAGAGUGAGAAAUUUUGCAGGAUUAGCUUCCCGUCAGUGUUCGAAAUGAGUUAUUGUAUUAUCUCGGAACCGACAUUUAAGAAUUAUGAAAUUCAUAACCUUUAGUUUCAA